AUAGCACGUACGAGCCCCGCCCAUCUACUUGUAUGCGCAAUGCGCAUCAAAUAGAGGAGUACAGAGCAGUGUCCAGCUAUCAUACUACCUACCGAUGGCAGCUUGUAGCGAGGACAGAUCUACGGGGCUGGAGACUAUUCGUGAGAGGAGUGAACUGGCCAGCAGGCUACUGGUGCAGGCACAAAAGUUGAGACUCGGAAGAAACGUAGGAGGUGUCCAGCGGGUCGAGAGAAAGAUCAAGGCUGAGAAAGGUUUCCUGGACUCUAUUCUGAGUGGGCAUACGGCUCUCAGAGACACUCACCUCAGUUCAACCAACCUCACCCACAUCCAGUCAGUGCUGGAGAUAGCGCUGGAGACAGAGACCUCGCGGCAGUCCAGCAGUGCUUCACACUAGUCCCUGGCCUCGGAAUGACCCCUGUACAUACAGUAUUCAUCACCAGGCCCAGUUUUAACUGUAGAUGCACCGCCUUAGCAGUGCUUGGAUGCAUGUUUCCAGUGAUUCUCUUCUAACACACCCAUCAUACCUUUACAGAGGGUGAUGGAUAUACCCUUAGUUCUUGGAAAAUGAACCCUAACCAUCUU